UCUGGAGGCAAGAAGAACUUGAACGCAUUAACCAAUGUUUUACUGGAGCUGAAAGGAAAGCUGCUUUGUGUGAACUUUUGGAAAAAGAGACACAGUUAAUCGCUUCCAUUGGGAGACAUAGAUACAUUGCUCAUAUGGAGCAUCAGGAAACAGCAAUACAAGCUUUUCUGGAUAAGUGUUCAUCUCCAAUAUGGAGAAGACCUGAUGGCAAAUCAAUUGAGAUGGAUACACAGUUCACCAUCAGAGCUAGAGAGCUGAAAAACAUCUAUAAGUGCAUUAUGCUGAAAAACAUCUCUCAGGAUGAAAGGCUGGAUAUACUCUUGACGCUUAAACACACUGUGAAAGAACAUGAAUGUAAACUGACCCAGGAAAUCUUAGAAUUGAUCGACAGAGAAGUUGACCUUCUGAUGAGAGGAGUCAAACCUGAAAACCUUGAAGGACUCAGAAAAAGAAUUGCAACUCUCUUUUUUCAUUACAUCAAAACACCUCUGUUUAAUCCUGAAGUUGCGAGACACCUCAAGGUUCCUCAAGACCCACUGAAGUUUUAUAAUAAGAUUUACUUCUGCCAUGGUUGCUACUUAUAUUUGCCUUCUACAGAAUUUUCUAUAUCAACCACCUCACAACGAGUAUACCGCUGUCGUCAAUGCACUAAUCUUGAGAAUGAGAUUCAAAAGCGAGAAUCAUUUUUGAAGUACAAGUGUUUACUUCAAAGGCUCUACUAUUCAGAAGCUAAUUAUGAAGAUGACUCUCAAAUUGCUUUCUUGAUGCAGCUCCAUGAUAUUCAGUAUCUGAUAGACAACAUCUGGUCAUCCCAGUCAGUCCUCAGUGCCUGCGAAGACCUCAAUGAGCUGGUCAUGGUCAGAUGGGAUAAGUCUAUGGAGUGGUCCCCCUGGAACUGCAUUCUUCUCACCAGAGAUGAAGCACAAGCUCAUCUCAAGCUAACAAAUAUUGAAAAGGAAUAUGGAUGCUUUUUUCUUCACAAGAUCAAACACAAACAUAUCCUGGCUAAGAACUACUUUUCUCAGGUUCCAGUGCUUGCUUCAUUUAUACAUGAUGAUGGUGAAUUAGAAGAGAUCAGAAGUAAAUACCGCAUAGACACAACACCUAAAAUUAUUGAAGCCAAGGGGACUUCUCCCACCUAG